CUGCAAGCAGUGGGAGAGGUGGAUGUGACCCUGCAGAGAGGGGGAGAGGCAGCGGGGGCAGCUCCUCUCGCUGAUGAGCCGGUGCAGUGCCUUUUAAUAAAAAGGUUUCCUUCCAAGAGCCUCGAAGCAACCUGUUAAGCUUCUCUUAAUUAAGCAAGCCCGUUAGCUGGAGGUAGAAAAGCGUCGCUCCCGUUUCCCAACCAGGGAAACUGAGGCAAGGAGCAAAGCAGCACAGGCAGGGGCUGAGCACGAGGGCGAUGACCCAAGCGUGGCACUUCUUGUCCUCGCUUUGCUGCCGGCCAUCUCAGAAAUCCUGAGGGAUACCCACAGGCUGGGUGCGGGUCCUGAGGGGUUAUUGCUAGCUUGCAGUCACUGCUUGCACCCUGCUGUCCUCAUCACAGCUAUCGCCUCCUUGAUCUGCUGCCUAAUCUACAAUCCCAGCGCCCUGCCAUUUUUCCUUGGCGUGCAAAUCCUUGCGGAUUGGGCCAGGGUCAGCGAGCGUAAUCAGACUUUGUCAUCCCUGUGAGGGUUUGGGCUCGUAUUUGUCCUGGGGUGUUGCCUUGUGUGUGUUUUGCAUGCUAGCAAAGCCUCAGCAAGCGGGUUGGAAGCACGUUGAGAGACCUGAUGCAAAUGAAACCCACCGCAUAACGUCUUUGGCAACUGUGAAACCUGUGAUCUAAGCGCAGGUAUCUGCCGCGCUGACUUUAUCUGCGUUAGGAUCCCCUGUUUCGACAUUCAGAUACUGGAACCGCGCUGAGAGCGAGCGCGACAGCGUGGCAAACAGGCAGGGGAGGGAGUCUCUGUCUCCUAGAUGCUGAGCCCUUUAAGAGAGAAGGGGAAGGAUGAAGAUGAGACGCCAUAAGCUCUUUCUGACUCUCUGCAUGGCUGGUCUCUGCCUCAUCUCCUUCUUGCACUUCCUGAAGGCCCUUUCCUAUGUCACCUUCCCCCGGGACCUGGCUUCACUUAGUCCCAACCUUGUCUCCAGCUUCUUCUGGAACAAUGCCCCCGUCACGCCGCAGGUUAGCCCUGAGCCGGGGGGCGCAGAGCUGCUCCGCACACCCCUGUACUCCCACUCGCCCUUGCUGCAGCCCCUGCCUCCCAGCAGAGCCAGCGAAGAGCUACACAAAGCCAACUUUGUGCUGCCGGAAGACACGACGGAGUAUUUCGUCCGCACCAAAGCCGGCGGCGUCUGCUUUAAACCAGGCACCAAGGUGUUGGAGAAGCCACCCACGGGAGGGCGGCCGGAGGAGCGAGCGGAUGGCGCGGCCUCGGGGCGGCCUGCUCGCAAGCCGCUAAGCUCCCAGACCAAGCGGCGCAAGUGGGUUGAGUGUAUGUGCUUGCCGGGCUGGCACGGCCCCAGCUGCGGCGUUCCCACCGUGGUCCAGUACUCCAACCUGCCCACCAAGGACCGCCUGGUGCCGCGGGAGACCCCCCGGCGGGUCAUCAACGCCAUCAACAUCAACCAUGAGUUUGACCUGCUGGACGUCCGCUUCCACGAGCUGGGAGACGUGGUGGACGUCUUCGUGGUGUGCGAGUCGAACUUCACGGCCUACGGAGAGCCGCGGCCCCUCAAGUUCCGCGAGAUGCUCCUCAACGGCUCCUACGACUACAUCCGCCACAAGGUGCUCUACGUCUUCCUGGACCACUUCCCCGCCGGCGGCCGCCAGGACGGCUGGAUCGCUGACGAUUACCUGCGCACCUUUCUCACCCGGGACGGCGUCUCUCGCCUCCGCAACCUGCGCCCGGACGAUGUCUUCAUCAUCGACGAUGCCGAUGAGAUCCCGGCCCGCGACGGCGUCCUCUUCCUCAAGCUCUACGAUGGCUGGACGGAGCCCUUUGCCUUUCACAUGCGCAAGUCGCUCUACGGCUUCUUCUGGAAGCAACCAGGCACCUUGGAGGUGGUCUCGGGCUGCACUAUGGGGAUGCUGCAGGCUGUCUACGCUACUGACGGCAUCCGUCUGCGGCGCCGCGAGUACUACACCAUGCCUGGCUUUCGGCAGUAUGAGAACAGUACAGGACACAUCCUGGUGCAGUGGUCGCUGGGCAGCCCCCUCCACUUUGCUGGCUGGCACUGCUCCUGGUGUUUCACCCCGGAGGGGAUCUACUUCAAACUGGUGUCAGCCCAGAAUGGGGACUUCCCCCGCUGGGGGGACUACGAGGAUAAAAGAGACCUCAAUUAUAUCCGGGAGCUGAUCCGGACUGGUGGGUGGUUUGAUGGUACUACGCAGGAGUAUCCCCCUGCUGACCCCAAGGAGCACAUGUAUGCUCCCAAAUAUCUGCUCAAGAACUACCAGCGAUUCCACUACUUGUUGGAGAACCCGUACCGAAAAGCGGAGGGGGGUGGGUGAAACCACUGGGACUCGUGUGGGAAAUCAGAACUUUUGCAACAAAGGGAAAGAGUCGGGUGUGUUUUGUCUGUUUCUUUUUUUUUUUUUUCGAUUCCAGGUGGGGUGUGCCGUUUCUCCAUGGUCUCUGCUCUCCCUUCCCUUCUUCCCGGGGUAAUGCCUGGGGACACAAAUUCCUCGGUCAGCUGAAGGGAGGCCUGGGCAGGAGGAGGGGAGAGGUGCAGGACCUAGCCUGACGGUAGCAUAAAGACUUCCCUGCGUCUCCUGGACCCUUCCCGCUGGCUGGGGAGAAUCUCUCUGCAUCCAGCUGGUGGGUUUUCCUCCAGGGGAGGCUGGGAAGGUCUGCUGGGGAGAGAGGGCAGCUGUUCCCAUCCAUCCUCGUUCGUUGUGGAUCGGAGCAAGCACAGAUGUGAGUUUGGGCUACUCAGUGAGCGUGUGAGUCAGCAGGCACAGACUGAUGUGAGUGGUCACGUGUGUAGAUGUGUGUCACAGGCAUUUUUCUGGAUGAGUGAAUGUGCAAAAGCAUCUCAAUAUGCAUUUAUUUUUUUAUAUACCUCUCUAUUCAAAGUACUUGGGGGGAGGUAAAGCCUUUGCUUCCAAGGUGUUCUCCCCGGUACACAGCCUCCUCCCACAAACUUAAUUCGUCUGUCCUGGGCUGCGUCUUGGCCUGAUGCUUUACCAGUCCUGGAGCAAGCAGAUGGGAAGCAGAGGAGAAAGCUGACCCUUUUUUUUUUUUUUAACUCCUUUUUUUCACCCCUGCCCACUCAACGCUGCACUGGCGUGGCCCACAGGAGCUGAAGCAUCUUCCCUGCCAUAUGUGCUUCUUUCGGGGCGGGGAUAAGCUGCAGGGGGAUUAAAUCAGAUGGUGGGAGUGUAUGUUUACAAGUGCAUGGUUUCCUAUGUGCAUGAGUGCUAACAUGCAUGGUUUUGGGAUGCACGUGGGUGUUUGUUACCAGUAUUGGGAGGGAAGGGGGCAUAGGCUGGGCUUGGGUGUGUAUGUUUUCAGGAAACGCUGAGAUCCAUAAGCUGUGAUCUGUCUUGGCAUGGAUGACGUUUUGGGGAAUGCAUAGGAGAGGUUCAGGGAAAGCAUCGUCUCCGCAUAGCAGUGUGACAUGCAGACCUGUGUGCCUCUUCAGCUGCCUCCGUAGCCUGUGGCAGAGCUGCUGUUUACAUGUGCUGGCCAUCCCUUCUUGCCAUGGGGGAAAGGAGAGAGGAAGGGCAAAGCUGAGUCUGCGACGGGUGUCGUGGGGAAGCACAAAGCAUGUCAAAGCAUGGGACCCACCUGCCUGCUCUUAAGGUGUGAGGGAACUCACGGAGAAAGGGGCCAUGGGAAAACUCCCCUUGGGGCCAAAAACCUCUUCUGGGAUGAUCACGUAAUCCAGAGAGCAUGUGCAGCCCACGCUUUUCCAGGCUGGGGAUGUAGGAUGAUGUUACUUGCAGCUGGUGGGCCGCUGUCCACACGGAGCUUGCCACCGAGGGCUCUGGCCUGUCGCUGUGUUGGAUUUAUUCAGCCCAUUGAGCAGGCAGGCUGGCGUUUCCACCCUUACCACCCUUCCUUAGCAGAUGGCUUGACGUGGUGCCCAGAGCCUGCUCUGUGGUACGAAGAGGGUGAAAAACACGAACGUGCUCUGUUAGCUGUACAGUGGAAAUAUUGGCUCAUCUUCCAAGCAAAGAAGCGAGGGUGGUGUGGAGGAGGAGAGUGUUGUCAUAAGGACGAGUGACCCUGACAUCAGGACAGCUGUGCAGAAGCAGGAGGGUUUCCAUUGCCAUUAAUUCACUCCAUCAGGGCUCUGUUUUCUUGUUGGCCAGCCCCUUGUGCUUAAAUCGUGUCGUUGCAUCUCUCUCUUCCCUCCUAUUCCCUUCUCUAGAGAAGGAAGAGCAUGUACAAAAAAUCUUGAUUCCCUAAGAAGGCUGAGGUUGGAAUGGCGAGAUGAUGAGCAUCUUUUUCUGAUCAAACUGAGUUCAUCUUAGUUCCUUCCCCAUCUCGUGUGCCACGAUGUCUCUUUAGAAGAGCCGAGGGCCCCUCUUUUUCCAUGCUUAAGUCUCAUUUCCAUCGCUGGGGUAAGGCCCUUGUCUCUUAGCAGCAUCAGAUGAGGCCACAGCUGCAAUAUCUGGAUCUUCUAUUCCCAAAGUACUGCCUGUUCCCCUCCUUCCCCUCUCCUCCACUAUUUGUUCCAUCGUUCCCCUUCUGGGGGAGGAGGAGGUCCUGCUGGAGCGGGCUGAGAGCAGCGCUGAGGCUCUUCUGUGUGACUCUGGCCCUGUCCACCCCCUGGUCUUUCUUCACUUCCUUAUUCUUAGGAAAUUAAAUUUAAAACAGGCUUCUGUUGUGGAGGGAGGAAGGGACUUUACAGCUGAGAUGCAUUCUUUUUUUUUUUUUUUUUCCUCCUCUUUCUCAAGAAUUGUUUAAACAUUUCUUGAUCGAAGGCCAGCCCAGUUACUGUUCCUGUUGUUCCUGCAAACUCUGUGUUUAUUCCCCGUGGGGAGUUAAAGUGCUUGGGAUUAAAAGUCCUCCGUCGCCUCCCUUGAGGGAUGAGGACUGGCGAGCUGACUUUUGCACAGCGAUUUCCCGAGGUGGUGGCUUGCCCUCUGCGCAGCUUCGCCUGACCCAGGCACUGAAGUUGGAGAAGGGAAGGACUAAAAAAAAUCCCUGCCUCGGAGCUCUUUUUGGUGUCCCCGUGGGCUGGCGGUGUCUUCUCCCCUCCUGAAUGCCCCCCGGGCUCUGUCCCUGUCCCCCUGCUCCUGCCAGCAACCUCCGUGGCUGCUGCGCCUCUGCACUGUGAAGCCCCGUGUCUGGAGUCACUCCUGCUCCUGGUAGCGGUCACUGGAGGUGAAGAGGAGAGUAAAAGCUCGUCCUGCCUGACCUCAAGCCUUGGUGGAAAAAAAAAAAUUAAAAAAAAAAAAUGAGGGAAGUGAGGGGUAGAAUGGAUCCCGAAUCCCUCCGUUGUUGUGUUUACCCCACCUACCAAAAAAAAACCACAUUUAUAUCCCUUCUGAUUUCUGAGGCACGGGACAAACUUGCUCUUUCUACGGAAAGAGAGGGGGAGCUGGAGGAAAAGGGGUUUCAGGAGGGGCUCGAAUCCAGCACCGAGGAAGGAGAGCUGUUUCUGAUGCAAUACACUGACAUUGAAGGCUUCGGGGACUGCAGAAAAUGGUUUAAAAAGGGAACUGAAAUACUCUGAAACCGAGAAUUCAAACCACUGUUGCUUUUUUUUUUCCUUCCUGUGAGGAGGAUGAUGCCGUGUCAUCCUGGAGGUGGCCCAGCAGCACCCCCGAGGCUGGGGUCCACCUGGACCUACUGGUGGUGUUGCCACUGGGGUGGUGGCCCCAGAACACCCUGUUUUGGCAAAAGGACGCAUGGACUUGCCAAAAAAAAAAAAAAAAAAGAUAAAAAUAAAAAAGAAAGAGCAUCUGCAAAGCUCCUUUCCACUCUGUAAUUUAUAAACAGCAAGUAAUAAUGAACUUUUUGUAAGGAUAAAUCAAAUGUACAUUCUGAAAUCAUUUUCUCUGUAAAUGGUUGGAUUUCAUUUCACCCUUAAAGGGAUGCUUAAAAGGAGGACAAAAUAAAAAUUAAAAAACAAAAAAAAAAAAGGCAAAGUACGAAAGGAAACCAA